AUGUUCAAGAAAUUUCAAAGUGAAAUUGAUGUUAUCCGUGCCAAAAAGACCAUUUGCAGACAACAACAGUUAGGUCUAUUUCUUGACGAACAAGGGCUUAUGCGCUGUAAAGGAAGACUCGAAAAUGCUAAACUGAGUGAAGGGGUCAGACAGCCCAUUUUGUUACCGCAAAAUGAUCACCUUACUGAACUGAUUAUAGAAAGAACACACAAAGAGUUAUUGCAUAAUGGUAUCUCGCAGACACUUGCUAAAACAAGACAAAAAUUUUGGAUCAUACAUGGUCGAGCAACGGUCAAGUCCGUUUUAAACAAAUGUGUAUUGUGUAGACGUCAUGAAGGUGGUAGUUACAAAAUGCCACCAAUGUCUUCACUGCCAUCGUCAAGAGUGACUGAAUCAACACCAAAUUCGAGAACAGAUUUAGACUAUUUCGGUCCAAUUUACCUUAAAACAUCUGGUGAAGAGAAGAAGGCUUGGAUUUGUUAA